AGGUUUUCCGGGCGGACUUUGUGCUUCUCUCUUCAACUUCCCCAGCUGCACAUGAGCCGGCUGUGUCACAACAACAGCGGCCGUGGAGGACACACAGAGUGACAAACUCACCAACUCAUGCAGUCCCUCCUUCGGUUGUCUCCUUCGGGGACUCUUCCAGCCACAUCUUUGAAAAGGGUCCGAUGUUUGCUGAACCAGCUGUUGAACCAUCGGGGGGCAGCCCCUCAAGUCCUACUUCGGAGCCACAGCACAGCCUCAGGUGACACUAUCAAUAUUGGAGAUGUAUCCUACAAAUUGAAAUCUCCCAGGAACCCGGAACUAGUCCCCCAAAACUAUAUUCCUGACCCAUUAAGCCAGACGGCAGUACAGCAUCUAAGAUGGAUUAUGCAGAAAGACCUUUUGGGACAGGAUAUGUUUCUCAUUGGACCUCCUGGACCAUUGAGACGAUCUAUUGCUAUGCAAUAUUUGGAGCUCACCAAACGAGAAGUAGAAUACAUUGCUCUCUCCAGAGACACUACCGAAGCUGAUCUCAAGCAAAGAAGAGAAAUUCGUUCUGGAACAGCUUUUUACAUUGAUCAGUGUGCCGUCCGUGCAGCUACAGAAGGUCGAAUAUUGGUGCUGGAAGGCUUAGAGAAAGCUGAAAGGAAUGUCUUACCUGUGCUUAAUAACUUGCUAGAAAACAGAGAAAUGCAGCUCGAAGAUGGACGAUUCCUUAUGUCUGCAGAACGUUAUGACAAACUGCUUCAGGAACACAGUAGAGAAGAAAUGGAUGAAUGGAACAUUGUACGCGUCAGUGAAGACUUUCGAGUGAUUGCGUUGGGGCUGCCAGUACCCAAAUAUUCUGGCAAUCCCCUCGAUCCACCGUUACGCUCCAGAUUUCAAGCCAGGGAUAUUUAUCACCUCCCAUUCAAGGAUCAUCUUCAAAUGCUCUAUUCUGUUGGACCACAUCUUCCUGCUGAAAGAAUUUCUCAGCUUUUGUCAUUUGCUACAACUUUGUGCUCACAAGAAUCAUCUUCCCUGGGCUUACCAGAUUUUCCAUCAGACAAUUUGGCUGCAGCUGUUGGCAUAUUGGCAGCUUUUCCCAUGAUGUCAUCUCAACGUGUCAUCCAAAGACUCUAUCCUUACAACGUUUUAUUGGGAAAUGAAGGCAGAACUGCGGUGGAAGAUGCAAUGAAAAGAUUUGAGCUGGCAGACUCUGGAACAUCUCCCGUUCCCCAGAGGAUUGUGAACAUUGAAGCAGCAGAUACUGGUAGUUCAUUAGCUAGAGUGAAUUUUCAUGUUGGAGACAAGAACAUCUCUAUACAGGUCCCAAGAGGUGCUAUGCCACUGAAGCAGGACACAGGGCAGCAAAACUUUGUAAGGACCCAAAACCAUGAAAUGCUGCUCGCCGAGAUGAUGCAGUCUCAUAUGGUUAAAGACAUAUGUCUGAUUGGAGGGAAAGGAUGUGGUAAAACUGUGAUUGCUAAAGAAAUUGCCGAGAUGCUGGGAUAUGAAGUAGAACCUAUAAUGUUGUACCAGGAUAUGACAGCCAGGGAUUUGCUACAGCAGCGAUACACUCUACAAAAUGGAGACACUGCCUGGCGACAGUCUCCACUUGUUACAGCUGCUCUAGAAGGGAAACUUGUCAUCCUUGAUGGGAUCCAUCGUGUGAAUCCGGGAACUUUAUCCAUUCUUCAAAGAUUAAUCCAUGACAGAGAGCUGACUCUUUACGACGGCACCAGGUUACUUAGAGAAGACAGGUAUCAAUAUUUAAAAGAGGAAUUACAGCUUUCUCAUGAACAGCUACAAGAGAGGUGUAUAUUUCCCAUCCACCCUUCUUUCAGGAUUAUUGCUUUGGCAGAGCCUCCAGUGAUUGGUGGCAACACUCAACAAUGGCUUGGUCCAGAACUUCUAACCAUGUUUAUGUAUCAUGAAAUUAAACCCUCAACCAAAAGAGAGGAGAUUCAGAUAAUGAGAGAGAUGGUUCCAAAUGUCCCAAAGGAAGCGGUGGAACAGCUUCUGACAUUAAAACAUAAGCUACGUAACACGAAGGAUCCUACUGCACAAUCUUUGGCUUCUUCAUUAUCUACUAGACAGUUACUUCGGAUCUGUCGUCGACUGUCUCAAUAUCCUGAGGAGCGUCUUCAUCAUGCAAUCAAUAAAGCGUGCCUUUCAAGAUUUUUACCCACUCUGGCACGAUCGGCUCUACAGAAAAACUUGAAAGACUCUGGGAUUGAGGAAGCGAUUGAAGAUUUGGACACGACAACAGACAAAGACUACAGCUGUGAAAUCAAUUCUGGCAUACUGAGGGUUGGCAGUGUUACCGUACCUGUAUUUAGUCCAGACGAGAAGAUAAAAGUGCCAGAUGUUCUGUUUUAUGAAAACAAGCAGCAUGUAAUGGUUUUGGAAGAUAUGCUGAAAGAUUUUUUACUUGGAGAACAUCUCUUGUUGGUUGGAAAUCAGGGUGUGGGGAAAAACAAGAUAGUUGACAGAUUUCUGCACCUGUUAAACAGACCACGGGAAUAUUUGCAGCUCCACAGAGAUACUACAGUGCAGAGUCUUACAUUACAGCCAUCCGUGAAGGAGGGAAUUAUAAUUUAUGAAGACUCUCCGCUGGUGAAAGCUGUUAAAAAGGGACACAUCUUGGUUAUUGAUGAGGCGGACAAGGCUCCCACAAAUGUCACCUGCAUUUUAAAAACCCUGGUGGAGAGUGGGGAAAUGAUUUUAUCCGAUGGCAGGCGUAUAAUAGCCAAUCCUGCUCAUGCACGUGGAAGUCCUAAUGUGAUCCCUAUUCACCCUAAUUUCAGAAUGAUUGUACUGGCAAACAGGCCAGGUUUCCCAUUCCUGGGAAAUGACUUCUUUGGAGCAUUAGGUGAUAUUUUUAGCUGUCACGCUGUAGACAAUCCAUUACCACAGUCUGAACUUGCGAUGCUCAGACAGUAUGGCCCCAAUGUUCCUGAUGCUGUGCUUCAGAAGCUUGUUGCUGCGUUUGGAGAGUUAAGAAGCAUGGCCGAUCAGGGAAUUAUCACAUAUCCGUAUUCAACCAGGGAAGUGGUCAAUAUUGUAAAACAUUUACAGAAAUUUCCAAACGAAGGAUUGGCUAAUGUAGUCCGAAAUGUUUUCGAUUUUGAUUCUUACAAUCAAGAAAUGCGUGAAAUUUUGAUUAGCUCUCUACACAAGCAUGGGAUACCGAUUGGAGCCAAACCCACCAGUGUCCAGCUGGCUAAGGAACUGCCACUUCCAGCCAUCAGCUUUGUUGGCCACUGGACCAUCUCUCAGUCAGGAAAUGCUCGACGGAAACUUUUGUGUCCAACAGAAACUCAUCAACUUACUACAAAGGGCCCAAUAUACCUAAACAUACAGGAAUAUUCUCUAGAGCGUAGCGAAGCACGGUCACUGAGUUUCACUGAAGAAAUAGCCCACUGGCGUCUCCCUCUGAAUGAAGUGGAUAUCGUGUGUGAUGCCAUUGUUACACAAGAAAGUGAUGCCGAGAGUACACUGUAUGUGGUUACCUGCAACCCUGUAUCCGUGCACUCUGCAAAGAUAAAUGGAAAUAAAGGAUAUUAUGUGGAUUUAUAUGACAUCUUCCCAAGGACUGUUGGUAACGUUUGGCAGCCAUAUGUAACUGCAGCACCAAUGGGACAUCCACUUACUGGUCAAGUUAUUCUGCAUGAAGAGCGGAGCAAUGUCAUCCUUUUGUUGGACAUUAAUAAUGGGAACCUUCGUCGAAUUUUACUCUCUCCAGAAGAUCAAGAAUCUCCAAGAAGGUCAUCUUGGUGGGGUAGUAAGGAAGCUCAGGACAGUUACAAAAUGUGCCGUGAGUUCUCACAUAAAAACUGGCUGGUGUUCUUCAAGGAAUAUGGUACUUCACUCAGCGUUCUUGAUGUUCUGGAAGGAACCACCCACACUAUCUCUCUACCCAUCAAUCUCAAGUCCGUUUUCCUUGUGGCAGAAGACAGGUGGCUCUUGGUUGAAAGUAAAACCAACAAAAAGUUUCUUCUAACUAAGCCUUUGCAUAUGGGUGCUGAGGACACUGGUGUUUGCCAGCUUCAUGCCAUCAAUGAAGAACCAGUGGACACAGGAUUUGGUGUAACAGCAGCAUCGGACCAUUCUAACCUGCAUAUGAUCUCGAAUGAUCAGUUGCCAUCUGAAAAUUUAAGUGCAGCUGUUGGACAGAAGAUAGUUUCCCCUAAUAGAAUUCUCUCAGAUGAGCAUAACUAUGCCUCAAUUAUUGUAGGCUUUCCAGAUCUACUGUCUCCGAGUGAACUUUACAGCUGGAAGAGAAGCUCUGCUUUGGAUAAUCAAAGGGCCCUGGCUCCUGACCAGUUUUUCCAGCCUGGACGCAGUAAAUUUGGAAGCACUAAGAAGAACAAUUGCGUAACUUUGCUUUUGGCUAACCAAGUCGUGAGAGUCAUAUCACCAGCAAACGUGCCUGUAAAAGAUAUAUAUUCUAAGGAUGUGACUCCUCCCCAUUCCACUGGGUAUCUGGAAGUUACAGACCUUAAUUCAAAAAAGGUGAAAUAUAUCCCUAUUCCCAGGCCAUCGUCUAUAUCUCCGUACACAUCGUGGCUGUCCAAGAUUUCUGACACUGAUUUCUUGAUUGCCGCGCUGGGGAAUACAGGAGUUGUUACAGUGGACAUGGGAGGCAGUGUCCGUCUGUGGGAAACUGGGCUUGAUAGCCUCCAGCGUUCACUGCUGGAGUGGAAGAACAUGAUUGGGCAAGACGAUGGACGACCGAUGCAGAUUACAGUGGAGAAGGAGAGUGGAUUAGAUGUAAAUUCACCAAAACACGGCAAAAUGGACCCAGAUAACACACCCCAUGUCGGGGGGAAUACAUGGGCUGGUGGUACUGGGGGAAGAGACACAGCAGGACUGGGUGGUAAGGGCGGCCCAUACCGUUUGGAUGCAGGACACAAAGUUUACCAAGUGUCACAGGCGGAAAAAGAUGCAGUGCCUGAGGAAGUGAAAAGAGCCGCUAGGGAAAUGGCAGAAAAAGCCUUUAAACAAAGGUUGAAGGAAAUUCAAAUGAGUGAAUAUGAUGCGGCUACAUACGAACGAUUCUCAAACUCUGUCCGAAGACAAGUUCAGUCCCUUCGAGUAAUCCUGGACAGUCUACAGGCAAAGGGAAAAGAAAGGCAGUGGUUGAGGCACCAAGCUAUGGGAGAAUUGGAUGAUACCAAAAUCAUUGAUGGGCUGGUAGGGGAGAAGUCAAUAUACAAGAGACGAGGAGAACAUGAGCCAGAGCCUGGAAGCCCUCAGCAGAAACCCAAGAGACUGAGACUGUUGGUGGAUGUGUCUGGCAGCAUGUAUCGCUUUAAUGGUGUGGACGGACGACUAGAGCGCUCCAUGGAAGCUGCUUGCAUGGUCAUGGAAGCAUUUGAGAAUUACGAGCAUAAGUUUAAGUACGAUGUCAUUGGCCAUUCUGGUGAUGGUUUCAACAUUGAACUUGUAAAAAGUGACACAAUCCCCAGGAACAAUAAGCAGAGGUUACAGAUUCUGAAGACCAUGCAUGCUCACUCCCAGUUCUGCAUGAGUGGAGACUACACCUUGGAAGCAACAGAGUUCGCAAUACGGGAGAUUGCCAAAGAGGAAGCUGACGAGUAUUUUGUCAUAGUCUUAAGUGACGCCAACCUAGAGAGAUAUGGCAUACCUCCAUCAAGGUUUUCCCAGGCUUUGACAACUGACCCACAAGUCAAUGCAUUUGCUAUAUUUAUUGGGUCUUUAGGAGACCAAGCUGACAGACUGCAGAGGACACUUCCAGCUGGGCGAUCCUUUGUUGCCAUGGAUACAAAGCAGAUUCCCCAAAUAUUGCAGCAAAUCUUCACGUCUACCUUGCUGUCCAGUGCUUAGAAAGCAGACCUCAUACACCAUCAAGCCCUUGAUUGACUCAUAUGAACUGAGAAAAUAGAAUAAUAAAUUACACAACUACGGGUUUAUUGAAACUUACUUCAAACUCAUCAGAUGUUAUUUAAUGAAUUGUUUUCAAUCAUUUGUAAAUCUUAAUGAUUUUAGAGUCUUUUUUUUUUUUUUAUUUGUAUGACUGGCAGUGGGUUGUGUAAGGCACAUAUAAAGAAAAGUUUUUGCCAUUAUAAAAUGCCACGUCUUUAUUUUUUUGUUGCAUGCGGUGGCCAUACAAUAAUUUUAAUUAAACAUGAUUGUAAAAUAUUUAAACUGUAGGGCAGAACAUGGCUGUCUCAAAAGCUAGACCCUAAUCUUUUUCAGAUGCAUUUUCAGCAUUAAAGGAAUGCUCAAGGCACGAUGACAACCUAAUCUAAAUGAAGUUAUUAUAGUGCCAGGAGAUCCCAAGUGCAUUCUUACCACAAGGGGUUAAACCGUUCGAUAUAAAAACAUCCUGUAAUAGCUACAGAUCUCCUGUCAGUAGCCUUUGCAAGCCCUCCCCUCAGUCUUUCUGUGAUUGUCCAAUCGUAGACGUCCCAAUGCAGCUCAAUGAGAAGUCUUUGCAAGUCAGGUGCUCUUAGCAAUUGCUACUUCUUGAGUUUAGCUCCACUGAGCCAAGCAACUAGGAAGAAGUAACAUUAUCUGAUGUCAGCUUGAAAGCAUAGGGGGUGUAACCAGGUUAAUCUAUAAAAGUGUCACUUUCUAUUGAAGUGUCCCUUUAAAGCAACUAUGUCACCGUCUUGGGUCUUUUUAUAUUUUGCAAAGACUCCCCACAGUGACUGUUCCUCGGGUUGUCCAGUGGCUGCCGUGUGCAGGGGAAGGUGAUUUUUUUCUUACCUAAACCUGUCCCAUCACUAUACUCUCCCUGCUGGUCCUCUUCAGCUCCUGGUGCUUCAUCUGCCAGGAGCCCACGUCAGUGCUGUACUCUUGCACAAGAAUACAACACAGAGUCCUAUGGAGGUUUCAUAGGAUCCUCCAUAGACAGAGCCUUUUUCAACUAAUGCCAUCACUUGUGACAGCUGGGGGUAAUUGCAAAACUUGACAGCAGUAGCUCUGCCUCAAGCGUAAGAAAUAUACUAAGACAAAGUAAUCCCUUCUUUGUAUUACUAUAUACUUUAACUGCAUUGGAAUUUCAGUGACAUCCCAACACAAUGAAUGUGAGUAUUUCAUAAAGAUUUAUUGAUUUUGGGGGGGGGGGGGGGGGACAGGGAGUCAUUCUAAAAGCAUUCCAAAGGCAUGCAAAGCAUCAUGGGAGUUGUAGUUCUACAACACUUAGGGAUUGCCUUUUCGGCACUCCUGGUUUAGGGAAUAGGUUGUACUCUAUGAAGUAAAUUCAUCAAUCUAGAAGAAAUCACAAAAUGUUCUUGAUUAGUUGCAGUCCCAGCCCAACCCCACAAAUGAAUCCUGCGGGGCAGCAAAAUUCAUAUGUAACAUUUUUCAUUGUUUAGUUAUAUAUUAAUUGUAUUAAUUAUUUAAGUUUAUGGUGAAUUACAAUCCUCUACUUUAACACAUCUUUAUCAGUACUUUUGGUAAAUAACCUCUGA